GGCACGUACAUCCGCAAAACGAUCGUAACCAAAGACUCGAGCCAUCAGGAGCCGGAGGACGAGGGGGACGAAAACUGGGGCGAAUCCCUCAAAAUGGACGAGUCAUCGGUUGUCAGUGAGAAAUUGGAUUCCGAUUGGAAGUUGAUCGCGCCGGACGAAACGGCCGAAAUCACUUUCGUCAAUGGGAACUCUUACAAGGGACGAAUAAGCAGGAAAAAAAUGGAAGGCCACGGCGUCUAUCGGUGGCGUAACGGAGCUCAAUACACAGCGAGUAUAAUUGUAGAAAAAAAAGGAAAAAAAAAUAUUCACUCGAGUCGCGAAACGAUGAUGCGAUUUUCCAGAAUUAUUACCGAGUUUUUUAGCAUUUUCGAAACACUCGUACAGGGGCACUUCGAAGACAAUAAAAUCCAUGGCAAGGGCCGCAUCGAGUGGCCGAAUGGAGCUUGGUACGAGGGAGACUUCGAGAACGGUUAUCGGCACGGAAAAGGCAUGAUGCUUGACAAAGAUCGUGGCUUCUUGUACCUCGGUCACUGGGAACAUGAUCGAAAACAUGGAACAGGAUACUUCACUUACAUCGACGUUGGUUCGUACGACGGUGACUGGAUAAUGGACAAACCCGAGGGUUCCGGAAUUCGUAAUUAUCCGAACGGCUCGCGUUACGUGGGCAAAUGGAAAGGAGCGUUUCGACACGGAACGGGCACGAUGACCUGGCCCAACGGUGACGUUUAUCGAGGAGAAUGGAAAAACGGAGCAAUGCAUGGGUAUGGAGAGUACACGUGGAACGGUUUUUUGAACAAGACAUUGAGCUGGCCGCAGGAAGCGUGUUACAUGGGCGAAUGGCAGGAGGGAACUCGUACCGGUAGAGGCCAAAUAACUCUGAACUCGGUCGGGGGUGCAAGGUAUUCGGGGGAAUGGAGGGAGAAUAAAAAGCAUGGAACCGGUACAAUAAUCGGCAAUAACGGCGAGAUCACUGAGGUGCUUUUCGAAAACGAUAUUUUGCAAGCUCUCGGCAAGCCCGAGAGUCGAGCAGGGAAGAGCGAAGCAGAAUCGAAGAACGUCGACAAAAGUGGCCGGGGAACUGGGCCCGGGAUGAAAUCGACCGAGAAGACUGACAAGUUGUUGGAAGCUUGUACGACGACGGUUGCACAGCCGGAGCAGCACGUUUCUCUCGAUCAUUACCUCGAUCGCUUGCGACCGAAGAAAAGCAGUCCAAGUUCAGUCUCCCUCGUUUCUUUGACCUCGGAGAGGUCCGAGACCAAAGGCAGAUGUGGAGUCUGCGAGAACGAGUCGUGUCGUUGUCUCAGCGAAAGUGGAGUAAAAUCGAACGUUCGGGAAGAAGCGGAGCCGUCGACCGUCCCCCCAAAAGUGUUGAACUCGAGUUUGACUCCAACGUCGAAAAAUCCGACCACGGUUGCUCGAUCGAGGCGUCAAAAUGUUCCAGUGAAGACGUCAGACUCCGAAAUCUCCGAAAUGGAAAUGAAUCUGGAAAAAGAAAAAUACUGGACGUACAAUUGCAUCACUACGCACAUGCCUCGAAUACGAAAAAUUUAUGACGAUUAUGCGAAAAUUUUUGCAAACGUAACGCCCAAGUGUCGACUCUCUAUGAGCAGACUCGCACUGUGGCAGCUGUGGCGAGACUGUGGAGUACAUAAAAAAUUUCUCAGUCUCGUACAAAUCGACAAUCAUCUCGCUGCCAACGAAUCGACGCUGAUGGGAAAUUCUUCGUGUCCUUUCGAAAGGAUUGAGAUCUGGCAGUUGAUUCACGCGUUUCUCGAAGUCUCGUGGCACUUUUACACGAAAAACGGAGAGCACGAUGCCACCACCGGAUAUCCUGGAAAGCUGGCAAACGGUUUAAACACCUUUUUGAUUAACGACAUUUACAAAAAUGUUGGCAAAUGCACCGGCGGCGAGAAUCUGAAAGUUUCGUCAGAAUCUUUACCCGCUGAAACGAGCAUGCCAGAAUUCCUAAUGGGAGGUAGAAAUUCUGUGACGGUGGGAGAAAAGCUCAGUUUUUUUAUAAACGACGAAACGUCAUUGCUCCAGCCAAAACCUCGUUUGAUUUCAAUCGAAGGCAACGAUCGUUCGGAUAAUUCUUUGCACGCUUUUCGAGAACUAGGAAGUAAAGCAUUCAUUGACAUAAUGAGCAGCGUUUGUCCGAUGAUUAGAGACUCUGAAACCGGAGCAAUAAUCAACAUACAGUACGAGCUGAGCUUCCUCGAAUUUUUGGAAAUAUUCAUCGAGGCUGGAAAACGAUUGGUGUUGCAAAGAAAAAUGAGAAAGGAAUCGAGCUCUGAGCAUCACGAGAUCGAGGAAAAAGACUCUAGCCAAAACGUCGCUAAAGAUGAAGAAUUAAAACGCUCGAACAUUCGUAUUUCCAGUGUAAAUAAAGCAGUAAAAACGAAAAAGAGACUGAGCAGUAGACGAUAAUGGAGUUGCGAUGAAAAUGUUAUUUAUUGUUAAUCGCCAAUCACAGUGAUGCCAGAUAUUGACGUAGGUCGCCCACUUUUCUUUACUUUAUCCAAAUAUCCUACAUUAUUUAUUGUUUUACAUGUUACAAUCACUACGCCGCCACUCUAAGGAUUAAAUACUAGAAUAUAUAAUAUGUAUAAUCGUAACGUAUAAAUUCCAUAGAAUAUAUAGACGCUAUAAAGAUUUAAUCGAAGAGCAAUCACCAUUGAUUAUUCGAUCAAUGAUCUGGCCGAUUAAAUGAAAAAACAAAAUGUAGUUAACGGACUAGAAUACAUCAAUACAUCGCGUUUAUUCCCCAUUAAAUGCGUUUAUCGAGACUCAUAAUAUUGUUGUUGUUGAUGUUGCAACGUGUUCAAUGCCAGAAGAACGAUGAUUCAUCAUUUUUUUUCUAAAAUCCAAAGACGGGAGUAAAUCCAACUUGUUCGUGAAUGAAAAUUUUGUGGAGAUUAGUCAUUUUAAGAAAUGUUUUUUUUUUUUUCUUUCAAAUUUAGUCGAAUCCAAAAAAGGGUUUCGAGAGGAAUAUUUGCUUGAUUUUUCUGUACAAAAAUCGUUUUUCAGAUAAACAGAGACACACUUGCAACACCAACGACGAUUUGUGAUUGCUAUUUUUGUACUCACUCAACUCCGUACAUAAAUAUUUGAAAUUCAAUCUCUCUCCCUCUCUUAUUCAGCAAACUGAAGAAGUUUGAAUGAAACUGAAAAAUCGAGCAGUGAACUUAGUAGAUCGAUUAUCUAUUCGCAGGACAUGAAAAAAGUCGUCCUGAUCAAAGUUCAUUUUCAAGUGUUCGUUAGCUGUUAAUAAAACGACGAAAGGGAAGUUCGGGCACUAGAAUUUCAGUUAUUCUGGGCACGAUACGUACUUAGACAACAAAAAAGGUUUACAUAUGUACACGGAUGGCUGUAAUGAGAAACUAACGCCAUAAUAAAGCCCAACGAAUCGUUUCUUUGUACAUUUUUAUACACGAAAUCAAGAAACUAACAAUUUAUGUAACAAAAGCAUUAAACCACGUUGAAAACUAAUCGAUACAGACGUAAAAAC